AUGAAUUCGGACUCCAGCUCCAGCAGAGCUUCCUCUCCAGACAUGGAUGGGAUGUACCUCCACCACCAUCCUCAAGACGGACGCCUGAACUCCGUGUCCUCCACGCAGAACGAGCUGCUCCAGAAGAUGACGGGCGAGCACGCGUCCAAGACGCCCUCCGGCAGCAAGUACAAGCUCAAGAAGCAGGUGACCGAGCAGGAGGUCCAGCAUCUGCGCUUGAAGAUCAACGGCCGAGAGCGCAAGCGCAUGCACGACUUGAACCUGGCGAUGGCCGGGCUCCGAGAGGUGAUGCCGUACGCGCACGGCCCGUCUGACUAA